AAUUCCCCAACCCUAUCGGAGCGAUGGAGGCUGCGGCCGCCAGGGCGUCCCGGCCGCCUGCCUAGCCGCUAGCUAGGGACCAACAGCGCCACGGCGAGCCAGAGUGGAGGGAAGAGGGAGUCUGUCUGCAAAGUGCUGCUCCCUGGUGCUCAGAGGCGGCUGCUCCAGCUCCAACUCUCAUUCAUUUCGCCGGUUAACAUGAGAGAUCAUGGCCGCCUUCGGGCUUCUCAGCUAUGAGCAGAGACCGCUGAAGCGCCCGCGGCUCGGGCCGCCCGACGUCUACCCGCAAGACCCUAAGCAGAAGGAGGAUGAACUUACAGCCGUGAAUGUAAAGCAGGGAUUCAACAACCAGCCAGCCUUCACUGGAGAUGAACAUGGCUCAGCCAGAAACAUUGUAAUCAACCCAUCCAAGAUCGGUGCGUAUUUCAGCAGCAUAUUGGCCGAGAAACUGAAGCUUAACACUUUCCAGGACACCGGAAAGAAGAAACCCCAAGUUAAUGCUAAAGAUAAUUACUGGCUGGUCACUGCUCGAUCACAGAGUGCCAUUCAUAGUUGGUUCUCUGACCUAGCAGGGAAUAAACCAUUUGCUAUCUUGGCAAAAAAGGUCCCCAUCCUCAGUAAAAAAGAGGACGUCUUUGCAUAUUUAGCUAAGUAUUCUGUGCCAAUGGUUCGAGCAACGUGGCUGAUCAAGAUGACUUGUGCCUAUUAUUCUGCUAUUUCGGAAGCUAAAAUUAAGAAACGCCAGGCUCCAGAUCCCAAUCUGGAGUGGACACAGAUAUCUACCAGAUACCUCAGAGAGCAGUUGGUCAAAAUCUCUGACUUUUACCACAUGGCUUCCAGUACAGGUGAUGGUCCUGUCCCUGUGCCACCAGAGGUUGAGCAAGCCAUGAAGCAGUGGGAGUACAACGAGAAGCUGGCAUUUCACUUGUUCCAGGAAGGAAUGUUGGAAAAGCAUGAGUAUCUGACAUGGAUCCUGGACGUCUUGGAGAAGAUCAGACCAGUGGAUGACAGCCUUCUGAAGCUACUUUUGCCUCUCAUGUUGCAGUAUUCAGAUGAGUUUGUUCAGUCAGCCUACCUGUCUCGUCGUCUAGCAUACUUUUGUGCCCGGCGUCUCUCCUUGCUACUGAGUGAUAGCCCCAACCUCCUUGCUGCUCACUCACCCCACAUGAUAAUCGGAACAAACAACACGAGUAUUGGGACCCCCAGUCCUGGCACCCCUGGGCCCGGUAUGAGCCCUGUGCAGCUGGCCUUCUCGGAUUUCCUUUCCUGUGCACAGCAUGGCCCCUUGGUUUAUGGACUUAGUUGUAUGUUGCAGACUGUCACUCUAUGUUGCCCAAGUGCCUUGGUGUGGAAUUAUUCCACAAAUGAAAAUAAGAUCGCAAACCCAGGCUCUCCCCUGGAUCUGCUGCAGGUUGCCCCGUCCAGCCUCCCCAUGCCGGGUGGGAACACAGCUUUCAAUCAGCAGGUUAGGGCAAGGAUUUAUGAGGUAGAGCAGCAGAUAAAGCAACGAGGCCGUGCGGUAGAAGUUCGGUGGUCAUUUGACAAGUGUCAAGAGUCGACGGCAGGGGUGACUAUUAGUCGGGUUUUACACACACUGGAAGUCUUAGAUCGUCAUUGUUUCGACCGAACUGAUUCCAGCAAUUCAAUGGAGACUCUUUAUCAUAAAAUUUUCUGGGCAAACCAAAACAAAGAUAACCAAGAGGUUGCCCCCAACGAUGAAGCUGUGGUGACAUUGUUAUGUGAAUGGGCCGUGAGCUGCAAACGGUCUGGCAAGCACAGGGCCAUGGCUGUGGCGAAACUCUUGGAGAAAAGGCAAGCAGAGAUUGAGGCAGAGAGAUGUGGGGAAUCAGAAGUCCUAGAUGAGAAAGAGUCAAUUUCGGACCCAAGCAGUGAAUGUGAGAAGGUAGAAUUUGUGAACCUGGUGCUGCUCUUCUGUGAGUUUAUCCGCCACGAUGUCUUCUCCCAUGAUGCAUAUAUGUGCACCCUCAUCUCUCGAGGAGAUUUGUCGGUUACUGCCUCCACAGGGCUGCGAUCACCAGCGGGAGAGAAUUCAGAUGAACACUAUUCAAAGGACCAUGAUAUGAAGAUGGAGGAGCACAGCGUUAUGGCGCACAUGGGCCUUGGCUCAGGAACCACUAACAUUUUUGAUGAAGUAGACAAGAGUGACUUUAAAAGUGACUUUGGUUCUGAGUUUCCAAUUUUUUCUCCCAUGCCUGGAGAAUCCUGUGAGAACAUCAACCCUUCCUUGAGCAGAAGAAUGUCAGUCAAUGGUGAGAAACUGCUAAAGAGAGAAAAACCAAGAGAAUUAAUUUUCCCAUCAAAUUAUGACCUCCUCCGACACCUACAGUAUGCAACCCACUUUCCUAUACCUCUGGAUGAAUCAUCAAGUCAUGAAUGUAACCAGCGGACAAUCCUUCUCUAUGGAGUCGGAAAAGAGCGUGACGAAGCCAGGCAUCAGCUGAAGAAGAUUACCAAAGAUAUCCUCAAAAUCCUGAACAAGAAGAGCACCACAGAAUCAGGGGUUGGAGAUGAAGGACAGAAAGCCAGGAAGAACAAGCAGGAGGUUUAUCCAAGCCCGGAAAAUGUGUUCAUGAAACUCCAGCUCCUCUCCUACUUUGAUCAACAUCAAGUGACAUCUCAGAUCUCUAACAAUGUGCUGGAACAAAUCACAAGCUUUGCGUCUGGAACAUCCUAUCACCUCCCUUUGGCUCACCAUAUUCAGCUCAUCUUUGAUCUCAUGGAGCCAGCGCUGAACAUCAAUGGGCUAAUUGACUUUGCCAUACAGUUGCUGAAUGAACUGAGUGUGGUGGAAGCGGAGCUGCUCUUGAAGUCUUCUAGUCUGGCAGGAAGUUACACUACUGGACUGUGUGUCUGCAUCGUAGCCGUUCUCAGGCGGUACCAUAGUUGCCUGAUCCUAAAUCCUGAUCAGACAGCCCAGGUGUUUGAAGGGUUGUGUGGUGUGGUGAAGCAUGUUGUCAACCCCUCGGAAUGUUCUUCCCCUGAAAGAUGUAUCUUGGCCUACCUCUAUGACCUCUAUGUAUCUUGCAGCCACCUCAGAAGUAAAUUUGGAGACCUUUUUAGUAGUGCCUGUUCAAAAGUAAAGCAGACCAUCUAUAAUAAUGUAAUGCCUGCAAAUUCCAACUUACGCUGGGAUCCAGACUUUAUGAUGGAUUUUAUUGAGAAUCCCUCUGCCAGAAGCAUCAAUUAUUCAAUGCUGGGCAAGAUCCUCAAUGACAAUGCUGCCAAUCGGUACAGCUUUGUGUGCAACACCCUCAUGAAUGUGUGCAUGGGACACCAGGAUGCUGGCCGGAUAAAUGACAUAGCCAAUUUCUCCUCCGAGCUAACUGCUUGCUGUACAGUUCUGAGUUCGGAGUGGCUGGGGGUUCUGAAGGCUCUAUGCUGUUCUUCAAAUCAUGUGUGGGGAUUUAAUGAUGUCCUCUGCACUGUGGAUGUGAGUGACCUUUCAUUCCAUGACUCAUUAGCUACUUUCAUUGCUAUCCUGAUAGCACGACAGUGUUUCUCCCUAGAAGAUGUCGUGCAACAUGUCGCACUUCCCUCUCUCCUAGCAGCAGCUUGUGGAGAUGCAGAUGCUGAGCCCGGGGCAAGAAUGACUUGCCGCCUCCUGCUUCACCUCUUCCGAGCCCCGCAGGCCUGCUUUUACCCUCAGGCAUCAGGCAAACCUUUCCCCGGAAUAAGAUCAUCUUGUGAUAGACACCUCUUAGCUGCAGCUCACAACAGCAUAGAAGUGGGAGCUGUUUUUGCUGUCUUAAAGGCAAUUAUGAUGCUUGGGGAUGCCAAAAUUGGCAGUAACAAUGUCAACACUUUAAAGAACGAUGACUUCAGCAUGAGAGGUUUACGACGUGACGGGAAUGCUGAGGAUGCCUGGGCCACCUCGCAGAACUCAAAAUCCUAUGGGAAAAAUAUUUCCAUAGAAACUGCCAAUCUGAGAGAAUACGCUAGAUAUGUACUGAGGACCAUCUGCCAGCAGGAAUGGGUAGGAGAACAUUGCUUAAAAGAGCCAGAGCGACUAUGUACAGACAAAGAACUGAUAUUGGACCCCGUGCUUUCAAACAUGCAAGCACAGAAACUGUUGCAGCUUAUCUGUUACCCUCACGGCAUUAAGGAGUGUACAGAGGGGGACAACCUGCAAAGACAGCACAUUAAGCGCAUUCUUCAGAAUCUUGAGCAGUGGACAUUGAGACAGUCCUGGCUAGAGCUUCAGCUCAUGAUCAAACAGUGCUUGAAGGACCCUAGCUCUGGUUCUGUGGCCGAAAUGAAUAACUUACUGGACAAUAUUGCAAAGGCAACAAUAGAAGUCUUCCAGCAAUCUGCAGACCUAAAUAAUAACGCCUCCAAUUCUGGCAUGAGCCUCUUCAACCCAAAUGUUAUUGGAAGUGUUGAUCCAAGUGGCACCAGGCAGAAUGGAAUAAAGACAUUCUUAAGUUCCUCUGAACGCAGGGGUGUGUGGCUGGUGGCCCCCCUCAUCGCCAGGCUGCCGACGUCUGUGCAGGGAAGAGUGUUGAAAGCUGCUGGGGAAGAGCUGGAGAAGGGACAGCACCUGGGUUCUUCUUCAAAGAAGGAAAGAGAUAGGCAGAAACAGAAAAGCAUGUCUCUUUUGAGUCAGCAACCUUUCCUCUCCUUGGUCCUUACCUGCCUCAAGGGGCAAGAUGAGCAACGGGAAGGCCUCCUAACAUCUCUGCAGAAUCAAGUUAACCAGAUUUUAAGUAACUGGAGGGAAGAGAGAUACCAAGAUGAUACGAAAGCCCGCCAGAUGAUGCAUGAGGCUUUGCAGCUCCGCCUGAAUCUGGUAGGAGGAAUGUUUGACACGGUACAGCGGAGCACGCAGGGAACCACUGACUGGGCCCUCCUACUCCUCCAGAUAAUUACUUCGGGAACUGUUGACAUGCACACUAACAAUGAAUUAUUCACAACGGUUCUUGACAUGCUGGGUGUUUUAAUCAAUGGGACGUUGGCUUCUGACCUAUCAAAUGCUUCCCCCGGGGGAUCAGAAGAGAACAAACGCGCAUACAUGAAUUUAGUAAAGAAACUGAAAAAAGAACUAGGAGACAAGAGGUCAGAAAGCAUUGACAAAGUUCGACAGUUGCUACCUUUGCCAAAGCAAACUUGCGAUGUCAUCACGUGUGAACCCAUGGGUUCUUUGAUCGAUACAAAGGGAAACAAAAUUGCUGGAUUUGACUCUAUUGAUAAAAAACAGGGUCUCCAGGUCUCUACAAAGCAGAAAGUGUCCCCAUGGGACCUGUUUGAGGGUCAGAAGAACCCAGCUCCUCUGUCCUGGGCCUGGUUCGGCACUGUCCGUGUGGACCGGAAGGUGAUCAAGUAUGAGGAGCAGCACCACUUCCUUCUGUACCACACACACACCAUGCCCAAGCCCCGAAGCUACUACCUCGAGCCACUGCCCCUACCUCCUGAGGAGGAAGAGGAAGAACCCACAUCUCCAGUUUCUCAGGAACCAGAAAGGAAAUCAGCUGAUCUGUCAGAUCAAGGAAAAACUACAGCUGAUGAAGAGAAGAAGACAAAGGGAAGGAAGCGUAAGACAAAAUCGAGCUCGCGCAUCGAUGAGUAUCAACAGACCAGCAUAUACCGAGUGCCUCCUAAUUACUCCCCCAUGUCCUCCCAAAUGAUGCAUCAUCCGCAGCCUGCGCUGUGGGGUUACAACCUGGUGAGCCAGCCUCAGCAGCCCGGCUUUUUCCUUCAGAAUCAGUCUCUGAAUCCAGGUGGUUCCAGAUUGGACCCUGCGGGCUCCUUUGUCCCGACCAAUACCAAGCAAGCUUUGUCCAACAUGCUUCAGAGACGCUCGGGCGCCAUGCUGCAGCCACCCUCCCUUCAUGCAGUCACGUCCCAGCAGCAGCUGCUACAGAUGAAGCUUCUUCAGCAGCAGCAACAGCAGCAGCAGCAGCAGCAGCAGCAGCAGCGGCUUCUCAGGCAGGCCCAGACUCGACCUUUCCAACAGGGCCAGCCAGGGGACCAGGCUUCUCUCUUUACUGCACAAGCACGGCCCUCCCCUCAGCUCCCUCAGUAUCCAGGGCUGCAACAAGCACAGACCAUGCCCCAGGGCUACACAAUGUAUGGAACACAGAUGCCUUUGCAACAGGCAGCUCAGCAGCAGCCUGGUGGUGUGGUCCUUUCCCCCAGCUACAACUCCAGGGCCUAUCCGGCUGCACAUUCCAGCCCAGCGCUGAUGGAAAGACUCCGACAGCUUCAGCAGCAGCCAAGUGGCUACGUGCAGCAGCAGGCCUCCCCGUACCUGCAGCCCGUAGCUGGCUCUCAGAGACUGAACCAUCAGGCUCUACAGCAGAGCCCUCUGGUGGGCGGGGGAAUUGACGCUGUGCUGACUCCCGCACAUCCCAACCUCCCCUCGGUGCCCCUGCCUCAGGACCCAAUGAGGCCCAGACAGCAACCAGUUCGACAGCAGCAGAGACUCCUCCAGAUGCAGCAGCCCCAGCAGGCCCCCCAGCCCCAGCAGCCCUCACAGCCCCAGAGUCAGGCCCUUGGUCUCCAAGCAAUGCAGCCCCAGCAGCCUUUGUUCCCCAGGCAAGGCUUGCAGCAGACCCAGCAACAGCAACAGACAGCCGCCCUGGUGCGACAGCUCCAGAAGCAGCUUUCUAGUAACCAGCCACAGCAAGGAGUGACUCCCUGUGCACACCCUUCACACUUUUGAAUCGGAAAGAGAAGACAUGAAGUUUAUGUUUGCACUGAAAAAC